CACCUUUCUCAGCUUCUCCCUCCCGCAGCUUCAGUGCCCGAGCUUCGGCUCUCCGGGUUCCGCAACCCCUUCCCCUCCCCGACAAGCCCCGCUAGAGCCCCUUAGGGACCCUCCCCAUCCUCAACCCCACCCUAGACCCCCCGGAAGCUGUAUUUCCCCUCCCCACUCCCCCGCUUGGGAUACAGCCAGCCCGGUGGACCCAGGCGCCCGAACAAGAGGGUAACCUUCGGCCCUCUCGGCCCCACCCCCUCCAGCCGGAGCCGCGCCCCCCUCUACCACGGAUCCAGGAGCAGAGGACAGAGAUUAAGCAAAAAGGGGUGGACUCCAGGCAACCUCUAGCCCAAUUCUGUCCCUCCAUCUCAAGGAGCAGAGAAAUUGUCUUCCAUUGCUGACCUCCAGCAGGAAAACAAAAUUAAGGAGAAAGAUAAAAGGACACGGAGGAAAAGUGGCAACUAGAUUAUUUAGGAGAGGCACAGAGGAGAGAAAUUGGGGUGAGUCGCCAUGGGGACUCCCAAGGCCCAGCACCCACCGCCUCCCCAGCUGCUGUUCCUAAUUCUGCUGAGCUGUCCCUGGAUUCAGGGUCUGCCCCUGAAGGAGGAGGAGGCGCUGCCAGAGCCUGGAAGUGAGGCCCCCACAGUGGCCUCUGAGGCCCUGGCUGAGCUGAUCCAUGGGGCCCUGCUGAGAAGGGGCCCAGAGAUGGGCUAUUUGCCGGGAUCUGAUCCAGACCCCACACUAGCCACCCCUCCAGCCGGCCAGACACUUGCAGCACCCUUCCUGCCACGGGCCACAGAGCCGGGGACAGGGCCUCUGACAACAGCUGUAACCCCUAAGGGGGUCAGGGGGGCAGGCCCCACCGCGCCGGAGCUACUGACCCCGCCCCCAGGAACUACGGCCCCACCCCCUCCCGGCCCCGCCUCCCCAUUCCCGCCCCUCGGGCCUGAGGGAGGAGAGGAGGAGACCACCACUACCAUCAUCACCACGACAACUGUCACCACUACAGUCACCAGCCCAGUUCUGUGUAAUAACAACAUCUCCGAGGGUGAAGGGUACGUGGAGUCUCCAGAUUUGGGGAGCACUGCCAGCCGCACCUUGGGGCUCCUAGACUGCACAUACAGCAUCCAUGUCUACCCUGGCUACGGCAUUGAAAUCCAGGUGCAGACACUGAACCUGUCUCAGGAGGAGGAACUCCUGGUGCUGGCUGGUGGGGGGUCCCCAGGACUGGCCCCCCGACUCCUUGCUAACUCCUCCAUGAUGGGAGAAGGACAGGUUCUUCGAAGCCCAACCAAUCGACUGCUCCUGCACUUCCAGAGUCCACGGGUCCCAAGGGGUGGUGGCUUCAGAAUCCACUAUCAGGCCUACCUCCUGAGCUGUGGCUUCCCUCCCCGGCCGGCCCAUGGGGAUGUCAGUGUGACAGAUCUACACCCUGGUGGCACUGCCACCUUCCACUGUGAUUCCGGCUACCAGCUGCAGGGUGAGGAGACUCUCAUCUGCCUCAAUGGCACCCGGCCAGCCUGGAAUGGAGAGCCCCCUAGCUGCAUGGCAUCCUGUGGUGGCACCAUCCACAAUGCUACACUGGGCCGCAUCGUGUCUCCUGAGCCUGGGGGAGCCGCAGGGCCUAACCUCACCUGCCGUUGGGUCAUUGAAGCAGCUGAGGGACGCCGGCUGCACUUGCACUUUGAGAGGGUCUCGCUGGAUGAGGACAAUGACCGGCUGAUGGUGCGCUCUGGGGGCAGUCCCCUAUCUCCUGUGAUCUAUGACUCUGACAUGGAUGAUGUCCCAGAGCGUGGUCUCAUCAGUGACGCCCAGUCCCUCUAUGUGGAGUUGCUCUCAGAGACGCCUGCUAAUCCCCUGCUGCUCAGCCUCCGAUUUGAAGCCUUUGAAGAGGAUCGCUGCUUCGCCCCUUUCCUGGCACAUGGCAACGUUACUACCACAGACCCUGAGUACCGCCCAGGGGCACUGGCCACCUUCUCAUGCCUCCCAGGAUAUGCUCUGGAGCCUCCAGGGCCCCCCAAUGCCAUUGAAUGUGUGGAUCCCACAGAACCUCACUGGAAUGACACAGAACCAGCCUGCAAGGCCAUGUGUGGAGGGGAGCUGUCAGAGCCAGCUGGUGUGGUCCUCUCUCCCGACUGGCCCCAGAGCUACAGCCCCGGCCAGGACUGCGUGUGGGGCAUGCACGUCCAGGAAGAGAAGCGCAUCUUGCUCCAAGUUGAGAUCUUGAAUGUGCGUGAAGGGGACAUGUUGACACUUUUCGAUGGGGAUGGUCCCAGCGCCCGUGUCCUGGCUCAGUUGCGGGGACCUCAACCACGUCGUCGCCUCCUCUCCUCUGGGCCCGACCUCACACUCCAAUUCCAGGCACCUCCUGGGCCCCCAAAUCCGGGCCUGGGCCAGGGCUUUGUAUUACACUUCAAAGAGGUCCCGAGGAACGACACUUGCCCUGAGCUGCCACCUCCCGAGUGGGGCUGGAGGACAGCGUCCCACGGGGACCUGAUUCGAGGCACCGUGCUCACUUACCAGUGUGAGCCUGGCUACGAGCUGCUGGGCUCUGACAUUCUCACCUGUCAGUGGGACCUGUCCUGGAGCGCUGCUCCACCUGCCUGCCAAAAGAUCAUGACUUGUGCUGACCCUGGUGAGAUCACCAACGGGCACCGGACGGCCUCAGACGCUGGCUUCCCUGUUGGCUCCCAUGUCCAGUACCGCUGUCUGCCAGGGUACAGCCUGGAGGGGGCAGCCGUGCUUACCUGCUAUAGCCGAGACACAGGCACACCCAAGUGGAGCGACCGGGUCCCCAAGUGUGCCUUGAAGUAUGAGCCGUGCCUGAACCCCGGCGUUCCAGAGAAUGGCUACCAGACCUUGUACAAGCAUCACUACCAGGCUGGCGAGUCUCUGCGCUUCUUCUGCUAUGAAGGCUUUGAGCUCAUCGGCGAGGUCACCAUCACCUGUGUGCCGGGCCACCCCUCACAGUGGACCAGCCAGCCCCCGCUCUGCAAAGUGGCCUAUGAGGAGCUCCUGGACAACCGAAAACUGGAAGUGACCCAGACUACAGACCCAUCGCGGCAGCUGGAGGGUGGGAACCUCGCCUUGGCCAUCCUGCUACCCCUCGGCUUGGUCAUUGUCCUUGGCAGUGGCGUUUACAUAUACUACACCAAGCUCCAGGGAAAAUCCCUGUUUGGUUUCUCAGGCUCCCACUCCUACAGCCCCAUCACGGUGGAGUCAGACUUCAGCAACCCGCUGUAUGAAGCUGGGGAUACACGGGAGUAUGAAGUUUCCAUCUGAAUGCCAAGACUAAGGCUGCAGGACCCAGGACACCCGUUCCCUCCUCAUUCAGGGCAGUGGGGAGCACAGGACCUGGUCUCUGGCUCCUGGCUUCCCUCCUCCCUGUUGUGUAAAUAAUCUCCCUGUCCCACAAGGGGGUUUUGAUGGCCCUGGAGACCCUACAGUAAAUAAACCAGCAUCCUGCCGCCCAAA